AUGUCAUUCUUCGGCAAAGACGACGACGACCGCCGAGGUGGAGACUACCCCAGCGGUGGUAACGCGACCCACGGCGGCUCCUACCCGGCCGGCGGCUACGGCGCCGACGACGACCUGCGCGCGGCCUCGGAGCACGCCAGCAGGCACGCCGGCAGCUCGGGCGACAGCAGCCUGUUCUCGAGCCUGCUGGGCGCCCUCACCGAGAAGAAGGGCCGCCUGGCCGAGGAGGACGUUGACGAAGACG